AGCUCAGACUACCACGUGACUGACAUCAGCUGAUCAGAACACGGAACCAAAUGAAAACAUGGUGGUUUUACUGGGAAGCUUACCUGUCACAGAAAGUCUAAAACUGUGUCACAGGGUGGUGGAUGGACUCUGUGGACGGGAGCCUCCUCACAGGGGGGAUUACGGCGUCACCUGGAGCCUGACGGAGUGGCUGGAGCUCCUCGACUCUCUGACAGCGUUCUUCCGCCUGGCUGUAGGGAACGACAGCUCUGAUGAGGAGGUGCUGGCCGGACUGUCGGAUGUGAGCAGCAGCCACGCCGAGGCUGUGCUGAGUGUGCUGAAAGCCAGACGGGAGGAGAUCCGCCGCGCUCUGCUGGACAGAACCAACUCCAUCUCCUCUGCUACUCUGCAGGACUUCGACUGGCAGCUUAAGCUGGCCCUGUCCAGUGAUAAGAUCUCAUCUCUGCACACUCCUCUGCUCAGUCUCAGUCUGGAUGUGAGGGAGAACGGAGCCCUCCGGCCCAUCACCAUGGAGAUGAACAGAGAAGAGCUCAACACACUCAUCAGUUCACUGGAGGCUGCUAAUAAGGUGGUGCUGCAGUUGAAAUGAUGGAAUGAUUGUGGAGUACUGAUCCCCUUCAGACCCAAGACUACAGAAGUCCAGUGCACGGACAUCAUGUCAUCAGUAUGAAGAGAAGCCUUGCCACGCCUUCGUGUGUGUUGGUUGACACACACAAAUGAUUUUGAUGAUAAAGUCUUAAUGCGUUCUGUUUUUUUGUAAUACAGUCUAAUGCCUGACUGCUAAACACUUGUAAUGCAUUGUAUCAAGAACAUGUUGAAGUAAAUGUUUUAUUGAAUCAUAUUUGAUUCUGUGGAAAUGAA